UCCCGGUCCCGCCAGCUUUUCCUGACCUGUUUUGAUCAGUCUGUCCUGACCAUGGUUGUGCUGUUUAUGAGGAGCUGACUGACCUGCAGACCUGUUAGAUAAGCUUCAUUAACACCAAAGAAAUAACUUCUAUGCCAGUUGGAGCCUUUGAUUUCAUGGGACUUUCUCACUCAAACUUCAAAGCUAAGUGUAAAAAGAGCCUGAAAGAUGAAGUCUAAACUGGUGUUUCUAUGCUUAAAAUUCUUAUUUUGCCUCCCUCUUCCUCAUCCCUCUUUUCUCCAAAGCUUCCAGUCAUGUUGCAUUUUCUGUCACACAAGAACUCGUACUAAAAUAAAAACACAGGUUUAAUUUGAUGGAGCUAUUCUAGGCAGGGUUAAGACAACAGACUGUUAUGGGGCCUUCACUCAUGAUGGCUCCCACCCUCUUUGUAGAGAAGUCAGGAAAAAUAUUUUGAUGUGGAAAGAAACUUCUGCAAAAGAAAGAAUAACGCAUAGUCUGUGCACUUCCUGUCUCUGUCAUUCUCAUACAAACCAAAACUACUUGACCUAAAUUCUUAUUUUCUUUUCACUUUAGCUCAUUUUGACACUAGGGCACUCCAGUACGGUCAAGAGAGCACAGUCUGGCAUUUCGAUUUUCGUAAACAUCUAAAAUGUUCAAUUGCCCAAAAAUAUUAACCAUCCUGGACAGUACCAGUCUCUUUUCUGCUGCCAUAUACCUCCGACCUGGAAUGGUCAAUGUUUGUUAAUGUUUACUUUGUCCACAAAUGCCUAAUAUCAGGACUAUUUGUAUAUAAUGUCAAAGAAAUUACAUUAGAAAAAGAAAAUUUGCAGUACAAUCUGCACACUGUUCUGUUGUGUGCUGUUGUCCAGAGAGUCACACGCUGCACACAAAUGUGGGCCUGACAGUCUUAUCCAGCUAACAAAUUGAUCACAGUCUGUGACCUUUGCCCUUGUUAACCCCCUGCCACUGCCAUACUGCCAGCAGUCAUGCUCCGAGCAGAUGGGAUAGUUUGGGGGUUGGUUCAAUUUUGCACAGCCAUGUUGUCACUCAAGCCUUCGCCUUCUACUGCCUGUAUUUCCCACUACCUCAUUUUACUCAAUUCUUCUCUCUCUGCCCUCCCUCCCUCCUGGAUUUAUGCCCUCUAGUUACAUCAUAUUGAUGUUUGGUCUGUUUACUGUAAAUUAGACUGUUCUUCAAAAGGAAAAAAACCCAAGGCAAGCGGUGCUAAUGUUGUCAUCAGUUAUCUGUCCAAUUACCAUAACCUACAAUCAAUACACACCAGAAGCUCUAUGGUGCAACGCACACGCACAUUUGACUAAAAUGACACACACCUAUACUCACAUUUACUCAUUCGUACCCGCCAGUGGACACACACAUAUACCCAUUCAGACCAAAACCUCAUGCAAAUUCCAUACUGGACUGUGAGGCCACUUACCUGCCCUGACCUCAGUUUUUUGGUGACAAACCCAUGACACAUCACCACUGAGACUCAUUAUUUUUCCACUGAGGUAACGGUAAAUAGGUUCUUUUCUGAUGUCCAAGCUUCAGAAACCAGAACUUCAAAUGAGCUUUUAUAACAAAAAGAUAACCCAAAUCCUAGCAUUUAACCACAUCUGUAAAUGCCACUUAUGCUGCUUCAAAUCUGUGACCUAGUUCAGGGGGAAAAAUUUCUUUCAUCAUUUAAAAUGUAUUUCUUUACAUUUGGGGCCUUGCCAAAGAAUAUAAAAAAAAAAAAACUACAAGGGUGAGGGCAACUGUUGAGGCUGCUGGGCAGCUGUCAGGGCAUUUGUGUGCACUGGGAAACAAUCAUUCAACUGUAGAAGUGAUUUAGCUAGAAGGCAAAAGCCCAGACAAACAGAUUUUAUAUCACAAGCUUUGUCUGUGAAAGGGAUUUUUAAAGCUGCAGAUGUGGUAUCAAAGCUUGAGAGACAGAUAAAGUGGAGUUUUUACUGUAAGUGGUUAAAGGGAGGGUAAAACAAAGCAAUGUCUUAAAAUUUGUCUCUAAAACAAGAGAUGUGGGUAAUUAUUUGUGGUAAAAGGAGAGGAAAUGGCCAUUUUGAAUCCCUCAAAAGGACACAUACAGUAGGCCUACACACACUGAAAAACACUGGUAUUUUUAGCCUAAAACAGGUGCAGGUCUAAUAAGGAGCCACCCCCAUCUCUCUGCUUCUUCCAUUAUUGCUGCUUUCACACCUCAUCUCCUACACAUUACGUCACCUUCAACAGGAAAUGAGAUGCACAGCUCAAGGUGUUAGGAGACGUCUUCUAAUGGGUUUUAUUGCAAUCAGCCCCAUUUUCCUGCCACUCAAUAUUCAUGUGGGUGAUGUUAUUUGUCUUUCUUAUCAUGGUUCAGAAGAACAGAAUCGAUUUAGGCAUGGACACAGACAAAACAUUAACACAUCUGCUGUAUUUCCCCAUGCAAUGUUAUGCAACACAAGGUACUCUCAGCGCAACUAGUGCACUUAUGCGUGGGUAUAUGCUGCCUCUCUGUGGCCUAUAAAUGCAUUGCAGUUCAGUCUUUUCACAGUUCAUGUUUUGUACACUAGAUGUCAGCAUUUAGCACAUGUGUGCAUGGAAGGAUAGUUCUCUGUUUCAAGAUGCAGUUUUACUGAGCUAUUUGGACUGACAGAGUAGCAUCAGUCCUCAAUCCAGAUUUGAAGCGUUAUCCAUAUAACUCUAAAUCUGCUUCUUAGGUCAAAGUUCUAUUCUCAUAAAUGCUUGAGCAAAUUUCCAGCUCAAAAUAACCUCAUUUUACAACACAGUAAAUGAACACCUUGCCUCACUGACAAGAUGUAAAACUGUCCAAAGCAUAUUCUGGAAGGGGUUACUAAAAAUGUGUUUAUGUGAGUGAACUCUAUCCAGGACCCUUGGGAUAGUCUAAAAGGAAUGCUCAGUCAUGUGUAUGACCUGACAUGAUGGACAAUGUGACAAAAACAUGAAAGAACACAGACAAGAACUUGAUAUUUUGAGACCCAGUGGGCUGUAAAAAGAGUGUAUGAUUACUGGAACUAGACUUCUUCCCACCCAAAUAUAGAUAGUGCAGCUGAGAAGUAAAGAAAACAUCCGUUUGAAAACUGUCAUAUGCAGUGUCACUUUCUGAUAUGUUUUAGAAGUAGAUGCAUUUUGUAGUAAUAAAUGGUGAAUAGUAAGUCUAAGUGGUCUAAUGUAUUGAUGAGAAAACUGAAAACUGAUUUAAGAACUUGAUGAUAAAGAUCUGAUAAAUUAUAAACAUAGGUAUUAGACCAGAACUAGAACUGAAAUAAUGAGUCUAUUAAUCAAUUUGUCGAUCGUAAGAAAAAUAAUUUUGCAUGAUUUUGAUUUUGGUUUAAUUCAUUUAAAAUGCAAAAAUAUCAAACAUUUUCUGGUUUCAGCUCCUCAGUGUGAGGAUUUAUUGCUUUUCUCUGAUUUAUAUCAUUAUAAAUUGAAUAUCUUUUGGACAUUUUAAGAUGUCGCCUGUAGAACGGUGGGUACUUUUGUUUUUUUACAUUGAUUUUUACAUUUUUGUCUGACAUUUAUUAGACUAAAGAUAGAAAUUAUCUGCAGAUUAAAUUGAAAAUGAAUGACAAUUGAUUCAUGACAUAUUCUUCACUUAAGUUUUGCCUUCACCACUAGAAUCAUCACUUGUACAGUGAGGCAAGGGGACAGGCUAAGAAUGGGUUAGUAUAAGUAACAAAAAUCAGGUCUUACUUUGAUCCCAGCUUUAACCACAUCUGUAAAUGUCACUGAAGAUCUUAUUUCAAUUUAAAUCUGUGAUUUAGCUAGAAAACAUUAUCAUCCUUUGAUCAUUUAAAAUGAUUUUCUUUACAUUAGGACUUUAAAAACCAGACCAGACUAGUCAUAAUAGACAAAAAAAUAUAUUUUCACAGUUCCCUUCAUGAGACGAAGCCCAUUCAAGAAUCUAACUUCAAGCAGUUGGGAAACAACAAAUCAAAAUCCAAUUGCAUGUUUUGGAAAAAAACACAAGCAAACCUUAACUACAAGUCACUUAUUAGCAUCAGCAGUCACCAGACUUCCAGAAGAUUAUUAGCAUAUGGGUCAAAGGCCAAGCAGUUUCCAGGAGCUACUUGUCACCCACAUAUAACCACUGGGAUGCUAAUGUCUCCCCACCGUGGAGCAAACAGUAGCCACUGUAAAAACCAACUGUCACCUCUGACCUCUCUUCCCUAAAGUUGCCUUUCCCGCUAUUGUUCCUUCAGAUUCCUCUGAUGUUGAGGGUAAGUGUGAGAAUUCUCUUCCAGAUAAAGGCAUUUGAGGAGUCAUUACCUCCUGUGUGUGUGUGUUUGUUUGUGUGUGUGUGUGUGUGUGUGUGUGAGAAAACUCUUUAUACUGAGAGGGUCACUAAAAGAGAUCUCUAAAGUCAUAUAUUGCUGGUUGGUGGUGUGCCGUUCAAAGAUUGCCCCAUUUCUUCUGGACUCUCUCAGUCCAUACAGAGAAACAGGUUUACACUGACAAAUGCAGGACCUCAGAUCUGCCACAUAACAUGUCAGGUAAGUGACACUCAUAAAUCAAGCUGAAUGGCUGUGUUGUAUUAUCUGAACCUUCUCAUAUGUUUGGGCUAUAUUGUGAUGUCUUAAACUCUGAUAUUUUGUUGACAUUGAAUUUACUUCCUUGUUGUUUAGUGAUCCAUAGACUCCACUAUUGUGUAUUUGAAAACAAUAUUUGCAAAAUCAGCCAUUUUUUCCUUUUCUUCUGACAUUAUUAAAACCCAGUUUGCAGGAAGGUAUUGAAGUGGUAACCCCUCCCUGAAGGUGACUAAAUACAAAUGUCUAUAAAACAUUGUUAGGGCAUCAGUUAAUAUACACACAUACAUAUGCUCCUUUUGUUUGCCAAAAAGUAAUACACAGACAAGAGCAGAUGAAUUGUAGUUAACCAUGUUUUACAGCUGGGGUCUCUGAGACCCCAAACAGAAGUAAUGCGCCAUUUUUUCAGUUCAUCAGUUCAAAAUCAUGUUUAUGAGCAAUUUUAAUUAAAGUAGGAAAAGUCAUAAAGUAUCAAACUAAAAUGAUCUCAAGUAUGUUGUUAGAGGACCCAGGCUCUCCAGGACCCCAAACAAAACAUCAGGGUUAAAACCACUGAAAGAUAUUCAAAGAUAUUUUGAUGGAAAUCUUUCUAGAAAAUGUUCUAAUUCGUAUUAUAUUCUCAUCUUAAAUCCCCUCCUGAUUUUGCUCCCCAUGUCUUUUCAACAGAUAAAAUGGAAGUGCUCAAACUGCUGCUUAUGUUCCUCACAGUUUCUGGAUAUUCAUAUGUACUGCAACCCAGACUGACAGUCACCCAGAUAGCUGCACUGGACAGAGACCACCAGUCUGAGAUGAGGAGUGAGCCGCUGAGAAAUGUUUCUUUAUCAGCGGAGGAGAAAGAAAAGUCUGUUGAAUCCACUGAGAGAAGGAAAACACAGGAGGAACAGAGGAGUGAAGGACUGACUCCAGAAACAAAGCCAGAAAAGACGAGGAUGAAGGAAAAAAUAGAAGUUGAAAUGAUAGGUUUCUUCGACAGUAGUCAAGAAUAUGAGGAAGGAGGUGAGGAAAGGCUGAUUCCUGAAACGACAUUUUCAAAAAUUUUAGGGGAAGAUACAGAUAAAGUAGAUGAAGUGGAAAGAAGAGUAGAUGGACCAAAUCUGAAGGCAAAUGAGGAGAGCCAGACAGAUAACUCAAAAACACGAGAGACAAUAAAAGCGGUCCACAGUCAUAAUACAGGGGUACAGAAGAAGGGAAAGGAUGACAAGAUAAAACUGAGGCAAGACAAAGAGGAAGAGGAAAGAGAAAGCAAGUUGGUUGCAGGGAUUAAUCAUCACGAGGACACUAGAGGGGUCGCUAAUGAGGACAUAGAAAAGAUGGUAACUGUCAAUCAAGGGAAUGUGGAAGAGAAAAGAGGAAAUGAGGAAAGGGGGAAAAGAGCAGAAAAGGGGGAGAGCAUUACAAAUGCAAACCAUAAUGAAUUAGUAGAAAGAGAAAAGGAAAAUGACAUAGUAUUUGGCAAUCUCACACCUCCUUUAAGCACAUCCUCUACUCCACUGGGGAAAGACUUUGAGAUUCCUGCCACACUUCAAAUUAUCACUCAGUCUCCAAAUCCUACUACUUCUCCUCCUGUUCAACAUCAUAAUGUCCCUCCAUCACUUCUGGUUACACCCACACAAGUUUCUCUAGUGUCCUCUCUCCCUCGCCCCCUUUAUGCCAAAGUUAGUCCUCAGUUCUUCCCUCCCUCUGUUACUCUUUCCAAUCCCACAACAAUCAGUCACAUCUCAGUCUCAACAGUGCUUCCUGGUGAGGUGAGGUCUGUCUCUCUCCUCACUGAGGUGUUACAGAGUCCUAGACGCCAUCUCAAGCAGAGUGAACUGGAAGCAAAGGCUGGCCCAAAUUUAGAGGAUGUAAUGGUCAAAAAUCUACUGUUUAAACCUGCUCGGACGGUGAUACAAACCACAAUGGAUAUAAACACCGCUGUUCAACCACAAGAGACUGAAUUUAUCCCUGAGGUGACUGCAGCAACACCAAAACAGCCAAACCCUAAACCGAAAUCAAAUGAAAAUAAUCCCACUGCUCAACCGGUCGAGUUUACACAUAAACCAAACAUGACACAGCCCACAGGCGAACCCAAAGCAUUUAAACUGGUGGAAAAUGACACCAAACUUACAGUGAGGCAAAAUAAAGCAUCUCUUCCUCAACCACAACUGGCCAAACCUUCAGCCAAACCACAGCUGACAACUACACCUUCAUUGAGGCCAACGAAAAUCAAUAGAAGUAGCAAAAAUAAGUCCAAGGAAAAGAAAAGGAAAAAGGACAAUAAAACCCAAAAGCCAUCAGAGAAGAAGAAGGAGGUCAUUACGCCAGCACAUUUUCCUUACUUUAUGGAUAACUACUGUCCGCCUGAGUGUGCCUGCUAUGGAAGAGUGGUCCAGUGCUCAGACAAAGGUGUGGAUAAUGUUCCUUAUGGUAUUCCCUAUAAUGCCCGCUACAUCCUCCUCAUGAAUAACCACAUCAACAGCAUCCAGCUGGACCUGCUCAAUGAAUAUGUUUCUAUGGAGUUCCUAGUGUUGAGCAACAAUUGGCUCACAGAUGGCGCCAUAGAGGGAGCCUUUGAAGGGGUCCCAGCUCUGAAGCGCCUCUACCUUGAUAAGAACCUCCUAGAAACCGUGCCAACUGACCUUCCAGUUUCUCUCGAGGAGCUUCGUUUGGACAAUAACCGGUUGAUUGUGAUGUCUGAGGCAGCCUGGGCCCAGUGCCCCGGCCUCUUGGUUUUGAGCCUCAGCAACAACACCCUGGGUAAUGGAUCUGAAUCCCUUCCUAAUGCAGUUUUCUCUCCUUUGUGCAACCUGCGCACUCUGAACCUGGAUUACAACCAGUUAACAUUGGUUCCUCUGGGCUUACCACUGUCCAUUAAGGAGCUCUACCUCAAAGGGAACCUCAUUGUGCAGUUCCGCACAGGAGCCUUCAAUGGGAUAUCCGAUCUGGUGGUGUUAGAUAUGAGUGCAAACAGACUGACAAACAAGGGUCUUGUCAGGGAGUCCCUUCUCAAUGCAACUCACUUGGAAAGCCUCAACUUAGAGGGGAACAGGCUAAAACAAGUGCCAAGACACCUUCCCCGCUCACUUAAAACUCUAAAUCUGGAGGGAAACCUCAUAUCUUCCAUAAAGAAAGCUGAUCUCAGCACCUUGAAAAACCUGGAACACCUGGGUUUAGCAAGGAAUAAAAUUUUCAAAGUGGCACCAGGGGCAUUCAGGACAUUGCCUGUUCUGCACCUGUUAGACCUGUGCCACAACACCUUGCACCAGGUGCCCAGACAGCUACCGCAGGCUCUGCACUCAGUUGCACUCACACACAACAAGAUUCAGUCAGUGCCUCGUGAUGCUUUCUGCUGGGGUAAUAAAAGUCUGACUCUCAGCAGGCUUGUACGAGUACAGUUGGAACACAAUUUAAUUGAUAUGGGAAAACUGGAUGCACAGGCUUUCAGAUGCUUACGAGGAUUCCAGGUAGUGCACUUCUACUGAAUAUUCAAGGGAAAGCAUACAAACAAUUGUGCUGCUACCUGUAGGAUAUUUUUAAGCAGUAAGUGGGGGAAAAUACAUGUUUAAGGUCCUUACUGCCUUACUUUGUAAGCCUUAUCCAAGACAUGUGGUGAGUGCCAUUUCUAUACCAGAAACCAUUGGUGAAACUGAGUAAAAAUAUAUUUAUUGUGUAUGAAAUUAAAUUUUUUGAGACUCA